AUGGUGCGGGCCGUAUGGGCUAUAGUCGGUUACGGAAAUACCGAUCUGGAGGAUAUAGUCUUCGGAGCCACCGUUUCUGGCCGCGGCGCUUCACUUCCGGGUAUCGAGACGAUCGUAGGACCGACCAUCGCGACCGUCCCUGUCAGAGUCCACAUCCAGCCCCAACAACAGGUUUUGGACUACCUGCGGGAAGUGCAGGACGAUUUCAUUGAGAUGAUACCUUUCAAACAGGCGGGGCUUCAGGCAAUCGCCAAGGCCAGCCCUGAAGCCCGGCGGGCCUAUGACUUCCAGACGCUUCUGGUAGUACAGCCGCCAGAUGAGAACCUCCUUACCGCAUCCUCCUUUGGACGGUGGCGAACGCGGUCGGGUGAACAGGCCUUCAGCACAUAUAGCGUGUCCGUAUCGAUCCUGGCCGUCCUUAAGACCGGAGGAGCUUUCCUUAUACUUAAUCUAGCACACCCCGAGCUACGCCUUUAUGCGAUUAUCGAGCAGGCCGAUACCACUAUCAUUCUUAUAUCGGUCUUAACGAACUCGCUAGGCUCUCGACUGGUCGAGCAAGCCGUCGUAAUAGGUAAUGGGCUCAUCCCGGACACAUACCGGAUAAUAGCGCUACCUAACGUCGACCCUUUAUCAUUAAUAUAUGCCAUCUUCACUUCCGGCAGUACCGGCCUGCCCAAGGGUGUUCUUGUGUCACACACUGCUUUCGCCUCCAACGUCCACUAUCAAGCGGACGAGCUCGGGUUCAAGCCGUUGUCAAGGGUGUACGACUUUGCUAACCACGCGUUCGAUAUGUUUAUACACUCCAUGGUCACCACCCUUGCGAAGGGCGGAUGUCUUUGUAUCCCAUCCGAGCAAGACCGCACAGAUAAUCUCAUGGCAUCCAUGAUCAAUGCGCGGGUGACACUCCUUUCCCUUACCUCGUCUGUUUCUCGGCUUCUAGACCCUGCUCAACUACCAUUAGUAGAGAGGGUUCUGUUAGGUGGGGAGCCUGUGACCUUGUGCGAGACAGAGCUCUGGGGUGUGAAAAAGGUGGUGAACAUGUAUGGCCCGGCCGAGUGUACACCAGUCACAGUAGUGAACGCCAAGGCCGAGACUCCGGAAGCCGCGACCAGCAUCGGCAAGGGUGCGGGGGCAGUCACUUGGGUCGUCGACCUGGCCGACCACAAUAGCCUUAUGCCCAUCGGCAAUGUCGGAGAGCUACUCCUCGAAGGCCCUCUUCUUGGCCUCGGCUACCUAAAGGACCCGGAAAAGACGGUAGCCGCGUUUAUCCGGGAUCUUACGUGGCUGGUUAAGGGAACCCCCCAGCACCCGGGACGCUACGGUGUUCUCUAUAAGACGGGCGAUCUAAUCCGCGCAUGUCUCCCGCAAGCUCAGGAGGCCGAGCAGGUCGCCGCCGAGGUCAUCGUCCCGUCCGGAGACGGGGCUAGCCCUAUGCUUGCUAUUUUCCUAUCGGACGUAAUAACUACAGCCGACAGCCAGGCCACCCUACUCCCUAUCCCAAAUAAUAUGGAAGACAGGCUCGCGGAGCACUUGCCGAACUAUAUGAUUCCGGCCGUCAUUUUUACUCUGUCCCGCCUUCCACUGACGGCAACGGGUAAGACGGACCGGAAGCAGCUCCGUGAGAUGGCGUCCCAAACUUCCGUUGAUCAGCUGCUCGAAAUGCGGAGACAGAAACGCCACGGUCAUCCGACAAUCUCGACCAAGGCGGAAGUCGCAAUGCAGCAAAUCUGGGGACGAAUCCUCUGUCUCGAGGCCGAUGGCAUCGGUGCAGACGACAGCUUCUUCGGCCUCGGUGGUGACUCCAUUAGCGCCAUGAAGCUCGUUGUCGAAGCCCGGCAGGCUGGCCUGACACUCACCGUCGCGGACGUCUUUCGGAACCCAAGACUGUCCGCAUUGUCCCGCCUUUCGCUACCCAUACGUCACGCGGAUGCACUGCAGGAGGAGUUGACUCCCUUUACCUUGCUGGCUGACACCGUACACAUACCGAGCUUCCGCAGGCGUAUCGCCGCCGUUUGCGGCCUCGACGUGCGCCUUAUCGAGGAUGCCUAUCCAUGCACCCCCUGCAAGAGGGACUCAUCGCCCUGA